CUCAUAAAAAACAACUGUUGAUACUACACUCUAUGUGGCUCACUCAUGUCUCUCUCACUUUCAACUCCACUCCUUUUCCUCUCAACUCACCGCGACUCACAACGAGUUCACUCACUAACUCACCCUCGAAACACACUCACAGCCUCCUUCACUCGGCCCAGACUCAGUACUCGCUCAGUUUCCAAACCCAAACGUAAAGUUCACACCUUUUUCUGCUCAGUCAUGCCCAUUGAAGUUUCUUCUCAGGUUACGUUAGAGCAAUCAAGAGCAUAUUGGGUCAGUAAAUCAUUAAUUGCUUGGAAUGUGGAUGCUGUUGACGGUUCUUGUUAUCUGUAUUCCAGCAGGAGGGCUAGUUUAUCUGCAGUAGAUAACGGAAUUGAAGGUCAUGAUAUGAAAAUCAAGCUUGAACUUUGUACCGACGGGCUUCCAGAAUAUGUGAUUAAAAAGUUUCCUCAUCUUCGAGAGUAUAAAGCUUUUAAGGUCCCACCUGAUUUGGUUGCUGAAGAUCGACUUAAAUGCCAAUUAUCUGUUGCCAUAUUCAGUUCUGCAGGAAUGUUAAUUAGUGCUACUGGUAUGCAAUUACCUGGGGUCAUUGACGAAUUAUUCUCUUAUACUGGUCCCCUUGGUGCUGUUUUCUCAGAUGAGGCUAUCACAUUUUACUUGUGGGCCCCAACUGCUCAAAGCGUGCAUGUUCUUGUCUAUGGAGAUUCAGUUGGGGAGGAGCCCUUAAAAAUUGUCCAGCUAAAAGAGACGAAUGGGGUUUGGACUGCUUAUGGGCCAAGAUCUUGGGAAGGCUGUUACUAUGUCUAUGAAGUUUAUGUUUAUCAUCCUAGCACCUUACAAAUUGAGAGAUGCUUAGCAAAUGAUCCUUAUGCUAGAGGGCUCUCUGCUGAUGGAAAACGGACAUUGUUGGUCAAUAUUAAUUCUGAUGCCUUUAAACCUGAAGGAUGGGAAUCUUUGGCUGAUGAAAAACCUGAUAUUGUUUCUUUCUCUGACAUCAGUAUAUAUGAAUUGCAUAUAAGAGAUUUCAGUGUUAGUGACAAUACUGUGGAUCCAGAAUUUCGUGGUGGUUAUCUUGCUUUUACUUCCCAGGAAUCAGCUGGUAUAAAUCAUCUGAGGAAAUUGUCAAAAGCUGGCAUCACGCAUAUUCAUCUGUUGCCAACCUUCCAGUUUGACGGUGUGAAGGAUGAGAAAGAUAAAUGGAAGAGUGUAGCAGAUACGCAGAUGCUCGAGUCUUUACCACCAGAUUCAGCUCAGCAACAAGAGUACAUAACAGCUAUUCAAAAUGAGGAUGGAUACAAUUGGGGAUAUAACCCUGUCCUUUGGGGAGUGCCUAAAGGAAGUUAUGCAAGUAACCCAAAUGGUCCAUUGCGUACGAUUGAGUUUCGGAAGAUGGUCCAGGCACUCAACCGCAUUGGUCUCCGCGUUGUGCUGGAUGUUGUUUAUAAUCAUUUGCAAGGAAGUGGUCCUUUUGGUGAAAAUUCAGUGCUUGACAAGAUUGUUCCAGGUUACUACCUGAGGAUGAACACCAAUGGUCAAAUUGAGAACAGCGCAUGCAUGAAUAAUACAGCAAGUGAGCAUUUUAUGGUCGAACGUCUUAUUAUUGAUGAUCUUUUAUGCUGGGCAGUUGAUUAUAAGGUUGAUGGCUUUCGAUUUGAUCUUAUGGGUCAUAUAAUGAAACAUACAAUGGUGAAAGCAAAUAAUAUGCUCCGGGGUCUAUCAAAAAUUAAACAUGGAGUUGAAGGUGCAAAAAUAUAUAUAUAUGGAGAAGGAUGGGACUUCGGUGAAGUGGCAAAAAAUGGCCGUGGGACAAAUUCAUCACAGUUCAACAUUUCUAACACUGGUAUUGGGAGUUUCAACGAUCGUAUUCGAGAUGCAGUUCUUGGUGGAUCUCCAUUUGGCCAUCCUCUUCAACAAGGUUUUGUCACAGGUUUGGGUUUGCAGGCUAAUGGUCAUGAUCAUGGUAGCAAAUCUGAUGCAGUGCGUACUCUUGCUGUAUCAAAGGAUCAUAUUCAGGUUGGAAUGGCUGCAAACCUAAAGGACUAUGUGCUUACUGAUUGUGAUGGGGAAGAGGUUAAAGGAUCUGAAGUUAAAACAUAUGAUGGGGUACCUGUUGCAUACGCUUCUUGCCCCAGUGAAACAGUGAACUAUGUCUCUGCUCAUGACAAUGAAACCCUAUUUGACAUAAUAAGCUUGAAGACUCCAAUGGAUAUAUCUGUGGAUGAGAGGUGCAGGAUAAACCAUUUGGCAACAAGCAUAGUAGCACUUUCCCAGGGAAUACCAUUUUUCCAUGCUGGGGAUGAGAUGUUGCGUUCAAAAUCAUUAGACCGUGAUUCAUACAAUUCUGGAGAUUGGUUCAACAGGUUGGAUUUCAGCUACAGUUCUAAUAAUUGGGGUGUUGGCCUUCCUCCAAAAGAGAAAAAUGAGAAUCACUGGCCGCUCAUAAAACCCCGACUGGCAGAUCCAUCCUUCAAGCCAUGUAGUCGUCACAUCCUUGCUGCUGUUGAAGAUAUGUUAAACUUGUUAGAAAUUAGAUACUCAUCACCUCUCUUUCGAUUGAGAUCUGCUAACGCUGUUCAGGAACGAGUACGAUUUUACAAUACUGGUCCAUCAUGGAUCCCCGGACUCAUAGUAAUGGGCAUCGAAGAUGGUCAUAAUGGUGUUCCAGGAUUGUCUCAGCUGGAUAGCAUUUACUGCUAUAUUGUUGUGGUGAUAAAUGUAUGCCCAACCGAAGUCUCUUUCUCCAGCCAUGCAUUACGAGCAAAAAGUCUCCAACUGCAUCCAGUACAAAUGAAUUCAACUGAUACUAUUGUCAAGAAAACAACUUAUGAUGCCUCUGCUGGCCGCUUCAAGGUGCCUUCCAGAACAACAGCUGUUUUUGUGGAGUGUAGAGAUUAAAUACAGUGGAAACAACUCACGAGGUGAUUAUAACUAUGUUUUGAGUGAGAAUUCAUGUGAUCAGCUAGGCAAGGAGGUGGUCUAUUUAAUUUAAUUUCAUCGUGCAACUUCAGAAGUGCAUAAAUGAGUUAAAGCCGUCCAUGAGAAAUAAGCUGUGAAGCUGUCCAUGACAACUGUUUGCGAAAAAUAAUAACUUAAAAAUUGAAACACUGUCAGUCUGUCAUACAGUUGAAUCUAUGCUGAACAAGGAAAUUUUGUAUAUCUGAAUUAUCGUCUUAACUAAAGUUAUAAUAUCAUUUUGUUGGACUAUUA